AUCAAGCUCAUCGGUUGCUUGACCAAAAGCAAGAGUGAAUUGGGAGACAGUAUGCAGGAGGAGAAUCAGAUGGCAAGUGUAGGAGCCCCAGCAAUAUUGGGAGGCAGCAAGAGGAUAGUGGCCAUUGAUGUGGAGGGCAGUACCCCACCAUCUGGUCUCCCUAAUUCCACACAUGGUGAAUCUGAUCAAGAGGACUCACAUGAGCAGAAACCAGGAUGGAGAAAGUUCUUGUCAUUUGUUGGCCCCGGUUUCCUCGUUUCCCUCGCAUAUCUUGAUCCUGGAAACUUGGAAACAGAUCUGCAGGCUGGAGCGAAUCAUGGAUACGAGCUUCUAUGGGUUAUACUCAUCGGGAUGAUAUUUGCUCUCAUCAUCCAAUCGUUGGUCGCUAAUCUCGGAGUGAGCACCGGGAGACACCUAUCUGAACUAUGCAAGAUUGAGUACCCACCGUUGGUGAAGUAUUGUUUAUGGCUUCUGGCUGAAGUGGCCGUCAUAGCUGCCGAUAUACCGGAAGUAAUUGGGACAGCUUUCGCACUCAACAUACUGUUCCAUGUCCCAGUUUGGGCUGGAGUUUUGUUCACUGGUUGCAGCACGCUCGUGCUUCUUGGCCUGCAGAGAUAUGGGAUUCGGAAGCUGGAAGUGCUGAUAGCUACAUUGGUAUUCCUGAUGGCGGCGUGUUUCUUCGGCGAACUAAGCUACGUGAAGCCUCCCACUUCGAAGGUCCUGAAGGGGAUGUUUAUCCCCAAGCUUUCUGGGAACAGCGCCACCGGCGACGCCAUCGCCUUGCUUGGUGCACUCGUGAUGCCGCACAACCUGUUCCUCCAUUCUGCUUUGGUCUUGUCCAGGAAAGUUCCGAGAUCGGUUCGAGGCAUCAAUGAUGCCUGCCGGUUUUUCCUCAUAGAAAGUGGGUUCGCAUUAUUGGUGGCAUUCUUGAUCAACGUCGCCGUUGUGUCCGUGUCCGGCACCAUUUGCUCGAGCGACAAUCUUUCAAGCGAAGAUGCAGAUCGAUGCGGUGACUUAACUCUCAAUUCCGCUUCGUUCCUCCUUAAGAAUGUGUUGGGAAGAGCUGGCUCGACGAUUUAUGCCAUUGCUUUGCUAGCUUCAGGGCAAAGCUCCACAAUCACAGGAACCUAUGCUGGCCAAUAUAUCAUGCAGGGAUUCUUGGAACUCAAAAUGAAGAAGUGGAAACGGAACCUAGUGACUCGAUGCAUUGCCAUUAUGCCGAGUCUCAUCAUAUCUACUAUCGGCGGAUCUUCAGGAGCCAGUAGGCUCAUUAUCAUCGCAUCAAUGAUUUUAUCGUUUGAGCUUCCAUUUGCCCUUAUACCACUCCUCAAGUUUAGUAGCAGUGCAACAAAGAUGGGACCUCACAAAAACUCAAUCUAUAUUAUUGUGAUCUCGUGGAUACUAGGAGUGGGACUCAUCGCUAUCAAUGUCUAUUACCUCAGCACGGGCUUUAUCGACUGGCUAAUCCACAACAGUCUUCCGAAAGUCGCCAAAGUUUUCAUAGGAAUUCUAGUGUUCCCUCUCAUGGCCGUCUACAUCAUUUCCGCUAUCUACUUAACAUUCCGAAAAGACACUGUUGUGACAUUUGCUGAUGACCCUGUUAAGAAUGCAACAUCAAUGGCCGUCGAACAUGGCUACGGCGAUUCUGGCAACUCAGGGGAGCGACUUCCUUAUCGAGAGGACCUAGCAGACAUUCCUUUUCCAGAAUAGUUUGCAUCACAUCACUCAACCCUCAAGAAGCAAUCCUUAAUGUAUAUACAGAGAGAUGCCAGAGUUGACCUAUUUAGUAUAAUAGUGGUCGAAAAAAUUAUCAGUAGAAUCAUAGCUAGA